AUGCUACAGUGUCUAACAGAUUAUGCACAACUCUUUCUCAGCCGUCUGGAAAAAACAGAAAGUGUUUUGGACAAGGACGGUCGUGAGUUUAUGUCUCACACCAACGGCAAAGUGAAGCCUGAAAUCACCAAGUUGGAGAAGAGAACACGCCUUGAUGAAGAAAACCUUUCCGCACCUCGAGUUUUAAGGCCACAUGCGUUUAAUCCAUCUAUUGACUUUAAAAAGGUCGAAACCGAACAAAUUACACUUAGUGGGGAAAAGGAAGAAAACCUGAAAAAGAUACUGCAUAUAGAAAAAAACACUGUCAGACCAGAGGAGCUGAUACGUGUUUUUGACAAAGACGUUGUACGUUCAGGUAGCUGUGACAUUGAAUUGAGUGUACUGAGAUGGGUGAGUGACAUUAUCGGAUAUCCCGAGCAAGCCCGAGGAUGCACAGUCUCCGGAACCUCCAUGGGGGUUAUAGUGGCUUUCUCUACAGCCCGCCAUGUUAAACUGGCGGACAGCAGCCAGUUCCGUAGAUCGGUGGUGUACAUGACAGACCUAGCACACUUUUCCCAUACAAGAGCUCUGCGAGUUGUUGGCCUGGCGGACGUUAUUGUAAGACACGUGCCUACCGUGAAAUACAGAAUGGAUUCCAGAAAACUGGAAAAGCUGAUAAUGGAAGACCGAGAGGCCGGGUUGUAUCCCUUUAUGGUGGUUGGCACAGUCGGCACUACCGGCCUGGGAACGAUUGACCCACUGGGAGAUAUCAGCGAGGUGGCCCAGAAACACGGUCUGUGGUUUCACGUGGAUGCUGCUAUUGGAGGGUGCCUGAUGUUAGACGAGGCUGUGAAGAAGCGAUGUGAAGGGAUAAACAUGUCCGACUCUGUGGCAUUGGAUUUCCACAAAUCCCUCUCGACCCCAUAUGGAUCGGCCGCCGUGCUUGUUCGGGAUGGGAAACUUUUGAAGUGGGCAAUGGCAAGAGACAGCGCCCCGUUUAUUGCAGAUUCAACUGACGAGGACGGUUAUUCACCGACUGACUUCGGUUUUGAGUUGACCCGACCCUUCAGAGCAUUUCCGGUGUGGUUUAUGUUGAAGAGUCUGGGCACAGAGAUGAUUAAAACGGCGUUGCGAGAAAAAGUGCGACUAACGAAAUACGCCUUCAAGUCAAUUCGUGAUAUGGCCGAUGUUGUCACGUGCACGGAGCCCGAUCUGACUGUCAUCGCCUUCCGGUACUUUCAACCUGGCAGUGAAGACGGAAAUGACGUCACGCGCAAAUGGCACGAGCUGAUAGCCAAGGAGGGACAAGUCUGUAUGACACCGACAACAGCAGACGGCUUGUUCUACAUCCGGUUAUGCAUUUUGUCCUUCCGUUCCCACAUCGAGGAUGUUGACAUCGCAUUGUCCGCCAUCAGGAGGAACUUAGAUGUCAUUUUAAGAGAAAAAGACAUUUUCAUUACAAGACUUUAA